GCGCUGUAGCAAAACCGACAUCAUGCACGCCUCGCUCGUCCGCCGCCAGCUCGGGGGGCUCGUCCCCCCCAAAAUCGCCACCCCAUCCAUUCUCUCUUCGGGACAAGGCGCAGGCCUCGCACCGCUAGUGCAGUUCUACUCGAAGCUGCCGAAGGGCCCGGCACCCUCGACUGCGGGGUACGGUAUCAAGGCGCGCUACUUCAACGGCAAGAACGCUUCUGGCAAGCCGCUGCUAGUCCUGAUUUUUGGCAUGGCCACGAUCGGGUACACGAUUGACUAUAACAUGCACUUGAAGCACCACAAGAACCACGCGCACUAGAGGGCGGAAUGGGGAGCGGGGGUGUAGGCAGAGGAUGUACAUCGGACUCGACGCGAAUGAUAGAUUUUGCUCUCACCAGCAAGACGUUCAUCUCCC